UAUCUAUGGUAUAAACCAUGGGUCAACCAUGGGUAUAAACCUAGGGUAUAAAGUUAUAAACCAUAUAAAAUAAACUGUCAAAGAAAUAAUGACAUUAAUUAUGUACUAAAUUUGGUUUUCUUAAAACGAUAAAAUAUUCUUAUUUAAAAAAUAAACCAUGGCUACUGCUAACAUGAAACUCUUGUGCACCGUGUUAAACAAACUAAGAAUUGAUCACAUUUCAUCAAGAUCAUUUAACUCUCCGCCAAGAUUCCGGCCUCCUUAUUGGUAUUUGCCUAAAGAAAGAGUUAUGAGUGAUGAAAUGUUAUCACCAGAAAAUAAAGAGUUUUUAGAGGAAGUAAAGCAAGAUAAAUUAAAUCUUCAAUCCGCUUUAGAGUCUCCUUUAAUAAAGAACGAAACACAGGAAACAUUGCAAUGGGACCCUAAAACACGUCGUACUGGCCUCAUAGCAAGAAAAAUAGGAAAUUAUCCAUUGUGGUCAAAAGAGGGUAAAAAAUUUCAAACCACAUUAUUACAGGUUGUAGACAAUCAUGUCAUAAAAUAUAUACCACCAGAAGAGUUUAAGCCAAUGAAAACAUCUAAAAUUGUUUGGAAAGAAAAACGAAGGUUAGGUUGUCUUCUAGUCGGUUCAGAAACAAUAGACCCAAGUACAGUCACAAAAGAGUAUUGUGGGCUUUUUAAUAGUGUGGGAAUGUUACCUAAGAGGCAUUUAUGCAGGUUUAUGGUCUCUCCUCAUGCUUCACUGCCUACUGGAACACCAUUAUUUGCAACACACUUUAGAGUUGGUGACUACGUAGACGUCAGAGCUAAAACAAUGGAUCGUGGAUUUCAAGGAGUAAUGAAGCGCUGGGGUUUCAAAGGAAUGCCAGCAUCUCAUGGUGUUACUAAAACUCACAGAAGGCCAGGAAAUAUAGGUGCUGGAGGUGAAAAAGCCAGAGUAUGGCCCGGAACUAAAAUGCCAGGACACAUGGGUAACAGGUGGAGAACAUUACGUGGCGUAAAAAUUCUUCGCAUUAAUACAAAACAUAAUAUUCUUUGGAUGUUAGGUGUUGGUAUACCAGGAGAGACUGGAGCAAUGUGCUACUUAUUUGAUACAAUAUUGCCAUUAAGAAAAUUGAAGACACCCCCUCCUUUUCCUACACACCCACCCGCUGAGGAUCUUCCUAUAGAAUAUUAUGAUGACUCAAUACACCUUUUUGAGGAACCCACAAUAACAUUUGAAGAAUCCUAAGAAUCUUAGAGCCAAAUAAUAAAAACAAUCAUAGCUCUUCUUUAAGUGUUUUAGUUUUUUGUUUAUUAAAUAAAGUUUAGUAAAUAAAGUUAGUAUUAGUUCAUUGUUAUAUUACAAUGUGUACACUAUUUUAUAAAUAAAUAAAUAUUUACACAAUA